AUUGCCUUCAAAAUACUUGGAACCGUAUCUGGGCCAAUAUCUCAAUGUUGGGGAUAUCACACAAGCAUGAAAGAAAACAUGAAAAUCCUUGAUAGAAAGUUGGAAGAAUUAAAUGCAAGAAAGAAAGAUAAAGAUUUGAGAAAGAAAAGAGAGCUGCGGCCAGGAAAAAUACCCAAGGAAGAAGUUGAAACUUGGUUCAACGAAGUAGAAGAAAUUAAUGAGGAAAUAAGAAGUAUCAGAGAAGAAGCUGAGAAAGUGAACUACUUUUUCCGGGCUUCCAUUGGAAUGAAACUUCCAGGUAUGAUACAACGUGUGGAAGACCUGUAUGGGAGGAUAGAGAAUGUAAAUGGUGGUUUAGUUGAAACGGAUCCUAAUUUUGGAGCCAAGCUACCAACAACAACAUUAGUAAGAGAGUCUACAAGUGGAAGAGUAUAUGAAGAAAUAAUGAAAUGGUUAAUCAAUGACGAGGAUGUCAGAAAGAUUGGGAUCUAUGGAAUGGGAGGAACUGGUAAAACAACAGUUCUUAAACACAUUAACAACUCCCUUUUAGAUGGAGAGCAACAAAAGUUUGACAAUGUGAUUUGGGUGUCAGUAUCAAAGUCAAAUGCGUUCAAGUUCCAAGAUGCGAUUGCCCAACAGCUGAACAUAGAGGACAUUUUGAAAGGCAGAGAGACUGAUGAAAUGAGAAGGGCAGCGAUGAUAGAAGCUGCACUAGAGGGUAAAGGUAGAUAUGUGCUGAUCCUCGACGAUAUCUGGGAAUCUUAUGACCUCGAGCAGGUAGGAAUCCCUGAACCUAGCUUGGAAAAUGGAUGCAAAUUAGUACUGUCAACGCGAAGCUACGAAGUUUGUAAGCGUAUGGGUUGUAAGGACUUCCCAAUGGGGCUUCUUCCAAAAGAGGAGGCACAAAAAAUGUUCUCAGAUACAGUUGGUCAUGAUGUGAUCCUUAAAAAUCCAAAAUUGAAACCAAUUGCUGAUGAAAUUGUUGAAAGAUGUCAUGGUGUGGUUCUUGCCAUUGUUACACUAGCAUCGAGUUUAAAACCCGCUAUCAAUGAGUACGAGUGGAAGGAUACAUUAGAACAAAUGAAAGGGUCUACAAGGGGAUUAAAUGGCAACGAGGUCCACACGAAAGUGCUUGACAGCUUAAAAAUUAGCUACGAGCGUUUGAAGGAUGAGUCACUUCAACAAUGCCUUCUCUAUUGCGCACUCUAUCCGGAAGAUCAUGAAAUUGAAAGAGAUGAGUUGGUAGAGUUUUUAAUCGUGGAGGGAAUGAUUAGUCUGAGGAGCACUUCAAAGCGAGCUGAUAUGGUUUCAAAAGGACUUGGUAUGUUGAAAAAGCUUGAAUAUGCUUCCUUAUUGGAAAAUUGUAGGAUCAAAUCAGUGAAGUUGCAUGAUUUGGUGAGAGAAAUGGCGCUGAGACUUACUGAUCAUGCUAAUCCUCGAUUCAUGGUAGAAGCCGGUGUGGGAUUGAAAGACAUACCAGAUGAAGAAGAAUGGAAAGAGGAUCUUGUAAGAGUUUCUCUUAUGCACAACAGAAUAUCAAACAUUCCUUCUGGUAUGUCACCAAGGUGUCCUAAGCUUGUAACAUUGAGGCUAAAUUUUAAUUUCUUCUUAAAAAGCAUUCCAGAUUGUUUUCUCUCAAACAUGAAUAGUCUUAGUGUUCUCGAUCUAUCCUAUACCCUCAUUAGAAGUCUACCAAACACAGUCGUUACUUUGGUGAAUCUCACUGCUUUAUUGCUUAGAGAAUGUUUUGGAGUGGAACAUGUACCAUCAUUAGAAAAUCUCAAAGCUUUAAAGAAGCUGGACUUUUAUAAGUCAGGAAUUAGUGAAUUACCUCAAGGCAUGGAAAUGUUGGUGAUGCUGACAUACCUCAACAUUGAUCAUACUAGAAUAACCAUGAUAGCUGAUGGGUUGUUACCCAAACUCCGACGUCUAGAAUGCCUUAUAUGUCCUCGGAAAUCUGGUCUUCCUUUGAGCUUGGCAAAGAGAAUAUGCAUAAGAGGAGAAGAGUUAGCAAGAUUGACAAAGCUAGAGACUUUCCAAGGCAUACUAUGUGACGUCAACCACCUCAACAAAUAUGUCAAGUCCUUGGCGGAUGGAGGACCAACCAAGUACACAAUCCAGUUGGGAGGCGAUGAAGGUGGAUAUGGGAAUACAAAAGAUUUCGGGUACGACAGAGUUGUACUUAUAACAGAAUGCAGAGCAAGUGAAAGUGAUGUUCUAGGAGAUUACCCAAUUUGGGUCCCUAAAGAUGUUGAGCUGCUGAUAAUCGGGAACUGCACCAUGGUAGGAAGUUUGUGCAAUGUGGUGUCUUUGAAGAAAGCAACAGAUUUCAAGGCCUGUUCUAUUUAUGACUGUGAUAGUUUAAAGCAUUUGGCUUCUUCUUCUUCUUUUAGCGGCAUUCCUCUGUUUCAAACCCUUGAGGAACUGGAACUGGUGAGGUUGUCCGACUUCUUCGGUUUGAUCGAAGUAGAGAAAAGUCCACCAUCUCUAACCUCACCGCUCCCUUAUUCUUCUCUUAGGAAGAUACAGGUCCACGACUGUCCGAAUGUAAAGAAAUUGUUCACCCUUGUGACAUUGCUGCAGCUCCAAAAGCUGGAGCAGAUUGAUAUCAGAAGGUGUGAGCAGAUGGUGGAAAUAAUAGCUGUGGAAUCCGAACACGAAGAUCAAAUAACGGAGACGAACGCAUCCGCUCUCUCUAAAUUGAGGACCUUGAGAUUGGAAUGGCUACCGGAAUUGGAGAGCAUCUGCAAUGGAAAGGAAAACUUGAUUGCUGAUUGUUCGCAGGAUGUUAUAAUAAAUGAAUGCGAGAAGCUGAAGAGGAUACCAUUCCUGGAUAAAGAACCAUGUCCUCCACCUUCUCUGCAAAGGGUCAUGGUACAGAAAGAAUGGUGGGAUUCACUUGAAUGGAACUACCCAGAAGCUAGCAAGCUGCUUCAACCUUUAUGCCAGGAAGUACCAAACCAUCCAUUUUACUGAAAUGGAGAGAUCCAAGUUUAGAGGCUCUGAGAAACAAAGAGGAAUGCCAUUUCACUGAGUUUUGAGACUCUAUGGUAUUGAACAAUAAGUUUGGGAAUGUUUUUAAUUAAUGUCCAGACUGCAAGAGUGUGUUAUGUUUUUGGGAGUGUCAAAAUUUGUAUGCUACAAUAAUCUGCAUUUGUGUGUUAUGUAUUUUAUGAUAAUUGCUAUCAUGUGUUGAGCGAUCAACUCUAGUGAUCAAUGCAACUGCAUUGGUUAAUGACGGUUGCGAUCAGGCUCAAACAAUCCCAUCAGCUUUUCUUAAUCAAUUUUUUGUUUUUUUUGUUAAAAUUUGGCUGCAAUAGAAUGUCUUGACUCAUGGACUUUG